CACGCAGCACAUUCCCACUUCAUAUUCUAAUAAAGUCUCUCUCUCUCUAGGUACUAAAAAUAAAAGAAUCGCACUUUUUCUCACCAUAUAAAACAGGAGGGAAGGCUCUCCAACCAAUUUCAAAGUCUCCAUCCCCAACUUCUGCUUAAUUUUCAAGCUGUCCUUUUGCCCUUUCAAAACCCAGUAACUGCUCCCUCUUUUCAUCCAUCUUUACUACUCGCUCGUGUAGCCCCGGCGAUUGCCCUUUCGAUCUAGGGUUUCUGUGCCCCUGCGGUUACUAACUAGGGUUUAUCACUCCCCAUGGCGGCGGAGAAGCUUAGGGAUUUGAGUCAGCCUAUUGACGUCGCAUUGCUUGACGCCACUGUCAAUGCUUUCUAUGGAACUGGAUCUAAGGAUGAGAGGGCUGCUGCAGAUCAUAUAUUGCGUGAUCUACAAACUGAACCAGACAUGUGGCUUCAAGUGGUCCACAUCCUAUCCAACACACAGAACUUGAAUACCAAGUUUUUUGCUUUACAGGUACUGGAAGGCGUCAUUAAGUAUAGAUGGAAUGCCUUGCCAAUCGAGCAACGAGAUGGGAUGAAAAACUACAUAUCUGAACUUAUUGUGAAGCUCUCUAGUGAUGAAGGUUCUCUUAGACGGGAAAGAUUAUAUGUGAACAAAUUAAAUGUUAUACUGGUCCAGAUUUUGAAGCAUGAGUGGCCCACUAGAUGGCGAAGCUUCAUUCCGGAUUUAGUUGCAGCAGCAAAGACAAGUGAAACCAUCUGUGAGAACUGCAUGGCUAUAUUAAAGCUUCUGAGUGAGGAGGUGUUUGAUUUCUCAAGAGGUGAACUGACUCAACUGAAGAUCAGAGAGUUAAAAGAGUCAUUAAACAGUGAAUUUCAACUCAUUCAUGAGUUAUGUAUGUACGUGCUCUCAAUAUCUCAGAGAACUGAACUUGUCAGGGCUACUCUUGCUACUUUACAUGCUUUUCUCUCAUGGAUUCCUUUGGGGUAUAUUUUUGAAUCCCCACUGUUGGAAACACUCCUUAAGUUUUUUCCUGUUCCUGCUUACCGCAACCUUACUCUUCAGUGCUUGGCUGAGGUUGCUGCACUGAGUUUCGGGGAUUUUUACAACACGCAGUAUGUGAACAUGUACAACAUAUUUAUGGUGCAGCUUCAGACUAUUCUCCCACCUCAGACAAACAUUCCUGAAGCUUAUGCACAAGGGAGCAAUGAGGAUCAGGCAUUUAUCCAGAACUUGGCAUUGUUUUUCACCUCAUUCUUUAAGUCCCAUAUUCGAGUGUUGGAGGUCUCUCAGGAAAAUAUAAAUGCACUACUAAUGGGUCUUGAUUAUCUCAUCAACAUCUCAUAUGUUGAUGACACUGAGGUUUUUAAGGUAUGCUUGGAUUAUUGGAAUUCUUUAGUUCUGGAUCUCUUUGAAGCACAUCAUAAUGUGGACAACCCUGCAAUGACUGCGGCUCUCAUGGGACUACAGAUGUCAAUGCUUCCUGGUAUGACUGAUGCUUUGGGUGCACAACAGAGUCAGAGGCGUCAACUUUAUGCUGGUCCAAUGUCUAAGUUGAGGUUGCUGAUGAUAUGUCGCAUGGCUAAACCCGAAGAGGUUCUCAUUGUGGAAGAUGAAAAUGGGAACAUUGUCCGUGAAACUAUGAAAGAUAAUGAUGUUCUCGUCCAAUAUAAGAUCAUGAGGGAAACACUGAUCUACCUGUCACAUCUUGAUCAUGAAGAUACAGAAAAGCAGAUGCUGAAGAAACUUUCCAAACAACUAAACGGUGAGGAUUGGUCAUGGAACAAUCUUAAUACAUUAUGUUGGGCAAUUGGAUCGAUAUCUGGGUCAAUGAUGGAGGAGCAAGAGAACAGAUUUCUUGUGAUGGUGAUACGUGACUUGUUAAAUCUCUGUGAAAUCACCAAGGGAAAAGACAACAAAGCAGUAAUUGCCAGUAAUAUAAUGUAUGUGGUUGGGCAAUAUCCACGGUUUUUGAGGGCCCAUUGGAAGUUUUUGAAGACUGUUGUGAACAAGCUCUUUGAAUUCAUGCAUGAAACCCAUCCUGGAGUUCAGGACAUGGCUUGUGACACUUUCUUGAAGAUUGUUCAGAAAUGCAAACGCAAAUUUGUUAUUGUACAGGUUGGAGAGAAUGAGCCAUUUGUGUCAGAACUUCUAACAACUCUUCCUACAACAAUUGUAGAUCUUGAGCCACAUCAGAUCCAUUCCUUUUACGAAUCUGUUGGUCAAAUGAUUCAAGCUGAACCUGAUGCACAGAAGAGGGAUGAAUACUUGACGAGGUUGAUGCAACUUCCUAAUCAGAAAUGGGCCGAGAUUAUAGGGCAGGCACGAUUAAGUGUGGAUUACUUGAAAGAUCAAGAUGUUAUAAGGGUUGUGCUAAACAUUUUACAGACAAAUACGAGUGCUGCCAGCUCACUUGGGACAUACUUCUUGACACAGAUAUCUCUUAUCUUUUUAGACAUGCUUAAUGUGUAUAGAAUGUACAGUGAGCUUAUAUCAACUAGUAUUGCGCAAGGAGGACCAUAUGCAUCUCGGACCUCAAUUGUUAAACUCUUGCGUUCAGUGAAGAGGGAAACUUUAAAGCUCAUUGAGACAUUUUUAGAUAAGGCAGACGAUCAGCCACUUAUAGGAAAGCAAUUUGUGCCCCCUAUGAUGGACUCAGUUCUCGGAGACUACGCUCGGAAUGUUCCUGAUGCAAGAGAAUCUGAAGUUCUAUCUCUUUUUGCAACUAUUAUAAACAAGUAUAAAGGCACAAUGAUAGAAGAUGUUCCACGCAUAUUUGAAGCUGUGUUUCAGUGUACCUUGGAGAUGAUCACUAAAAAUUUUGAAGAUUAUCCUGAACACCGGCUCAAGUUUUUCUCUUUACUGCGUGCAAUAGCUAGCCAUUGUUUUCCUGCUUUAAUUCGGCUGUCAAGUGAGCAACUGAAGCUUGUGAUGGAUUCCAUCAUUUGGGCAUUCCGACACACUGAGAGGAACAUUGCCGAAACUGGGCUUAAUCUCUUGCUUGAGAUGCUGAAAAACUUUCAGGUAUCUGAGUUUUGUAACAAGUUCUACAGAACAUACUUUUUGACCAUCGAGCAAGAAAUAUUUGCUGUUCUCACAGAUACAUUUCACAAACCUGGCUUCAAAUUGCAUGUCUCUGUUCUUCAGCAUUUGUUCUGUGUGGUUGAGUCAGGAUUGUUGACUGAGCCAUUAUGGGAUCCAUCAACAAGUCCUUAUUCCUAUCCUAAUAAUGCAGCGUUUGUAUUGGAGUACACCAUCAAACUUCUUAGUUCAUCUUUCCCUAACAUGACUGCUUCUGAGGUUACUCAAUUUGUCAAUGGACUGUUUAAAUCAACGAAAGAUCCUACAGUGUUCAAGAAUAACAUACGAGACUUCCUUGUGCAAUCAAAAGAAUUCUCAGCUCAGGAUAACAAGGACCUGUAUGCUGAAGAAGCUGCUGCACAGAAAGAGAGAGAGAGACAACGGAUGCUCUCAAUUCCUGGGCUAAUCGCUCCUAAUGAGAUACAAGAUGAGAUGGUGGACUCUUAAAAAAAGCAUCAUUUUCUUCCUUAGCUUAUUUUAGUUAGGUUUUCGGAGUGCCUGCCCUGGACACAUUAUGGUAACUAAAUGCUGUUUGACUUAUUAAAUUUUGUCCUGCUUGUGGGGUAGUAUUUCUUCCUUGUGCAGGGGGUGACUUGUAGACUCCGGGGCAUGGUGCAAAAGGGACAACAAUAGUGAUUUUAUAGCCUCUAAUUGAGAAACAAAGGAUAUGAUAAUUUAUGGUUUACCAGUUUCAGCCUUUGGUAUUGUAAUUCAAUUGUAGGAGAUUGUGGACAUUAGCACCGUAUUCUCAGGCACAUUUGUUGGGUAGCAUGACUUAAAUAGGUUGUGUAUAACGAGAUUUGCCAUUUUAUGAAGAAACCAUUUUUGUUUAUUGGCAGCGAGUGCACCUACAUUUUUUUUGAAUUCACGAAC